UAUUGGAGUUCCUGUUGUUGUUUUUGUUGUUUUUGUUUUCAGGUGGACGAACAAGAUGGUCUACAACGCUACAAGCAGGCUGGAGACCUCCCUGCUGGUUCCUGCUCGUCGAAUGAAGAUGGCGCAUCACACCUUGCCCUGCUGACACCUGCUCUCGUCAGCAUUUCAUUAGAGGAUGAUAUGACUGAAACUUAAACCUUUGUAAACUCUGAUUGUUCCUCCAAGUGAAAGUAAAAUGUUAAAAGUUAUCUCAAUAGGUUUUUUGUUCAACAUGCCCUAUACUUAGGGCCUCUCUCAUUCUCUAGAGGAACGUGGGGAAGCAUAGAAGUAUUAUCACUUGUUUAAUCAAUUUGUAGUGAAGAUAAUGCUGUUUAGCAUUUCUACGUGUUAUCUCGAAUACUGUUAACCGGCUGCCCUUGAAGUUAUCUGGUUUUUGCAUAUGCUCUUAUUAUUUCAAUGAUAGCUUAACAAAAUUCUGGUUUAUCAAUAAGGAAAAAAAACACCCAUGAGAACUCAUCCAACUGCCUUUUAGCCUUAAGAAAUAGUCUUAAUGGAAGAACAAACUGUUUAAGAAUACAGACCUCAGCGUUUCUCUCUAGCAAUCAGUUGGAGAACGUUUUAGAACAUUAUGAGUUGCUAUGGCUGUCUUAUGCACUUAUUUAAAGGGUGAAAUUACAUGGUUUUAUCUAAUAAGUUUCAUCAAUACUUUCUUCAAAUGAAUGAAUUGCGUGCUAUGUCUAAUGGAAUUUUCCUUCUAAAAGUAUUCAGUUUGAUUCGAUUCCAAAUUAAAAUGGAUUAAUUCGAUAUAUUCCAAGAAGACACACUGAUUUUUAAGGGUUAUUGUGCAAGAACUGUACGUAUGUUUUCGCUUUUUUAUUUUUUUAUAUACUUUCCUGCUGUUUUUCUUGUUUUGGUAGAUAUUCUUUUCCGUUUUUUUUUCAUCUUGCUAGUUUGCUGGUGUUGUGUUGAAAGCACUUUCUUACGAGGAACAGCCAGGGUAGCAUGUGGAGAUGGCCAUGAUGGAGUGAGUGAGUGAGUGAGUGAGUGAAGAAAUCAAUAACGAAAUGAGAAAGUUUUCUCUCUCUGUCUAUGCCCUCCUCUAUGCUACGUUUAACUUUUACUUCCUUGCUUUACAAUCUGCCUUUACCCUUACCAUUCCUUUCUAUCCUUUGGCUUUAUUUACUAAUCCAUGUAUCAUUUUAGACAUUUCACGCGAAUUUUAACUCAUCACUUACCAACUCUAUCCUGAACAAUGAUGACGAUGGUGAUGAUGGUGAUGGCGGUCCAAUCUACACAUCUUCGUUCUCGUCAUUGCUUUUCCUUCUCGUCCUCGUCCUCGUCUCACUGUGUCCUGCCGCGUGUUCCUCGUCGUGCCUACGUUGGGUGUGAUCUGGCUUACUGACAGACCCGCCGCCCACUGAUGGGAUCCCAGUUAUUGACCCCGAUGAUGUGCUUGCUGAAAGGCUCAAGUACAGCCAGACGACGAUCUACCAUUGGCCCACCGCAUCCAACAAUAUGACCGUGUCUGACGAAGGAGAGAAUAAGUUUCGAUACGUGGAAGGACCUACUGCCUUCGGCAACGCCUUAGAGUUCAUCUCAGACUCGAACCAGUGUUUGGUGCAUAAGGAUUUCACUAUAGCGUCAGAUAAGUGUACUGCCAACCUUACCAACUGCGAAGAGGGUUUGAGUAUGAGCGUGUGGUACAAAGGCUACCAAGGGAUCGAACGGGACUGGGAUAAUGUCAGUCAGGACCCCAACGACCCGUCUGUCACCGAGACCAUUGCUUCUACAGGCGGCGACACGGAGGGCCACCCCGGCAUCGCUGUGUACCUGCAAGGCAUGACACUGAAGGCUGUUGUGUCCACGGGUGAUGAGUAUUGGCUCGCUUCUUGUGUGGGCAUGCUCAAAAACGACAAGUGGACCAACAUUGCCUUCAGCUGGAAACACGACGAGGGGCUGCUGCUGUAUAUAGAUACCAAGCUGGAAGCCUCUACAAUGUACCCUGUCCCGAAUUCCGGCGCCAAGCCUGCCCUCACUCCGCCGCUGAUGCACCUCGGCUGCCACAGUGACGCGACCAACACUGACUACCGCCACUUCUUAGACGGCGCUGUGGACGAGCUGGCUAUCUGGGACAAGGCACUGAGGGGGACGGACGCUGCGUUGUUCCUAGGAGAUCAUAUUAGAGCUUUUGCUGAAGUAAGUGUGGAAGACCUCAGUUCCAUAGUGGACGAGGCAGACAUCAGCGACCCUGACAUGAUGGCGGCGGCUGCUCAUCACGGCCCAAUCCACCUACUCAGAGGAGGCUCAGGCAGCACCACCACCACCAUGCAGCCUGAGUCAGACGCCUAUAAGAAAUUUAAAAGCGUCAUGAAGCUGUUCAAGAAGUUCAGCGGCACCACACUCAAAGACGUGGACAUAACGAGGCUUGACAAAACUCUGGCGCUGGUGGACGUGACAAGCAACAUCUUUGUGCAGAAACAUAAGGAGUUCCUCACGGGAGCUAAUGUCGGGAAGGAUGCGGAUGGGGAGACGCCGAUGGUAGUCAACGCUAACCAAAUCAUGGAAGACUUGGCCAACUGGACUAUGAGGGUGAUGCAAAACACAGACUUCGGGAACAGAACGGAGAUGUUUUCACUCGUUAAGGAGACAGAAAACCUGAUCGUGUACGUGUUCAAGGGUCCUCAAUCAGCGCUGCACACGACCAAGAACGGGUUCGUAGUGGCACCGAACUGUGAAAUAAUGAGCGAGAAGCCAUCCUGGAACAACACAUGCAACAGGGCAGCAGUGCCCUCCGCGGUGGUUACUAACCCCAAAUGUGAGAACCGGAUCACGAAUGUAGUGAUUACAUCUUCCCGGAACGUGCAUAAAUUCUCUCAGACCUGGGCGGUCGGCGGGGCCAUGGACUCGUACCUGCCCCACGAAUUGAACAGCAUGGUAUUAUCAGUGAAGAUGACCCCAGACCCAGUGUUGAAUAAGGAGGGCAAGGUGGACAAGAGGGCUCCGCAUUGCAAACCAGACCCGAAAGAUUUGCACCAAACGCCUCUCAGAUUGAAGCUCUUUGAUCUUAUGACUCAUUUUCACCAAAGCAGGAAGUUGUCCUUCCACGAGGAGGCGCCUGUUAAGAGGGUGUUGAGCCAGCACUGCGCGUGGUGGGAUGCCGACAUGAGGCAGUGGGACGGUACAGACUGCAUGGUGAUGGAGAACACAGACAGCUAUACCAAGUGUGCCUGCGCGCGCUUCGGGAGUUUCGUGGUGCUGAACGAACUGAUUGAGCCCAGGGUGGUGCCCGACGAACACCUGUGGCUUCUAGUGCUGCGCUACGUCGGGUACACACUCUCCAUUCUGCUCAUCAUCAUCUACAUCAUCGUGGUGGCUGUGUCGCGCGACCUCAAGGACCAGUUCCACCUGAUGGGGCUGAAUCUGGCGGUGGCGGUGCUAGUGGGGGCGGUGGCGAUGGUGGUGAGUGACUUGGAGGCAGUGCGAGAUGACCGUCACUGGUGCACGGCGAUCGGCACCAUCAUUCAGCUGUUCUACCAAGCUGCCGGCGCGUGGAUCCUCUUGCUGGGACACGCCGCCUUCAAUGCCAUCACUUCGGGUCAUGAUCGCGGCAGACUUAAGUGUUACCUACCAAUCUCCUGGGGCCUGCCGUUUAUCUCCGUGGGUCUCAACUACCUGCUCUUCAUGCUGGACCUUGGUGAAGACCCCCGCUGCUUUAUUUCCUGGGAAAACCCACCCAAGUUUGUCUUCUUCGGCUUCCAACUCCUGUUUGUCGCGGUGGCCUGCUUCUGUGCCUGUGUCGUGCUGUGUAACAUGGCCACUACUGCUCUGAGGAAGGACAACCUCAUCGAUGACUACGGCUCCUUCUGCAACGGCGCCGCCUUUCUCAUGCUCUUCUUUAGCAUAACCUGGAUCUUCGGCUUCUUCUGCUACAUUCGCCUCAGUCGCUCUUCACUGGACUUCUAUCCGAUCUUCCAGGUUCUCAACUCUUGGACGGGUGUGGUUCUCUUCCUCUUCAUCGGUUUAGCGUCACGGAGGUUCAGAAUGGUGGUGGCGGGCCAGGCUAAGCUCAGGCGCGAUAUGUUAAAGGAUACGCGUUUGGAAAGACAGGAGAGGCGAAAGAGAACCCUCCUCCUCCUGGUGGUGGUGGUGGUGGUAGUGGUGCUGGUCCCUCCACUUUUUUCAACCCAUUGAAGAAGACUGCAAAGCCUAAAAACAACCAGGGCACGAAAGGCAAGCUACCACCAGUGAAGAAGAAAAAUGCACCAGGACGAGCACCUCUUCGCACCUUCACGGCAGACUAGCGCCUCUGAAGUGCCUCACCAUCCGUCCCAGCCUGUACCUGACCUUGCGUCUCAGGCAUCACUGAGGCAGGGACUCUGUAGCCUGAAACAUCUCUUUCUCUCAUGUACUCGUCGUGUAGACUGCAGGAGGCUCUUUGAAAUGUCACGCGAGUCAUUAGUGGUUAGAAGCAUUAAUCAUAUGGCCUUGUGUUUUCUAUGUCUUUAGACAGGGAAACGUGUAGCUUGAAAAUAUCGUCGUUGUCUUUGUUGAUUUGUUGUGAGGAUUGGAGAACGUUUAGUAUGUCGCGCGAAGCUUUCUGUAAGUUCUCUUUCCUUUACUAUAUUCAAAAGGUUCUAGGUGAAGUGACACGAAUUUCAAAUGAGGUUUUCAAUCUUCUACUGACAUAUUAACAAGAAUUUUACAUUACUAACAGGAUAAACACGCUUGAUAACUCUAUGUUUACGCUUCUACUAAAAAAAACAGUAUCAGAUUGACAAGAUUUUUACAUUACUAACAGAAGAAACACGCUUGAGAACCCGUCUGAUCAUCUCUUCCUUUAAACAUAGUUGUGACUAGAAAGCAAAGUGCAUCUGAAUAAGGGCCAAUGUCUUAGAGCAGUAGAUAUCAACACUUCUCACCGCUUUACCUCCACAACAUUCAAUAAAUAGAUAGUGAGAGUUACUGGUGAUUUGAAGGGUGCUUUUAUGGUUGGUGAUAGUAAUAGUUUAACAAGAAUUCCGGAGGACGCAGCAAAGAUAUGUAAAUUGGUGAUAUACUUCAGCACGCGUUGGUUGCGUUCACUAUAGGCAGCAUUCAUUGUCCAUAUUAAUUUAGCCGAAAAUAAAAGAAAAAAAGUUAA